AUGCGCGAUCCUCUGAAAACGUGGUGCAAAAAGAACAUGUCGUCUGCCAAAGCCAGGAGGAGAGAAAUAAAGCUGAAACACCAGCCUGCGAAUGUACAAUAUGGUGUUAAUGACAACAACCUAAACGUCAAAGAUAAUGGUGAUCAACAUCAGAAAGGUGUAGGACCACGUCAUGGCUGGGUUAAGGGCCAUCAAAAAGAUGCAGGUUACUCCAAAGAGAUGCCUAAAUACAUCAAUGCUGGAUCCUUUGCCCAAGCCAGAGCUCAAGAGGUGAAAGCGAUGAUGAAAGCAGUGAACAAGAAAUCUGCGAGCUGUCAUCUGUUUUCUGCUCUACCUAAACAUAUGAGAAGACGAGCUGUGAGCCACAACCCCAAACGCCUCCCGCGCAGACUCCAAGAGAUGGCAAUUAAACUUAGAGCAAAGACCCUGACAGGAGUUAAAAAGAAAAAUGAAUCAAAAACGAAGAGCCGUAAAGCCCGCAGAAGACAUGGAAAUCUCUUGCUUGAGUUCAAUCGCAGACAGAGGAAGAACAUUUGGCUGGAAACACAUAUUUGGCAUGCCAAACGCUUCCACAUGGUCAAAAAAUGGGGCUAUUGUCUUGGUGAUAGACCUACAAACAAGUGUUACAGGCCGAGCUACAGAGCAAUGAGCAACCACUGCUUACUUCAGGAUAUUUCUUAUUAUUGUUGUAUUGAACUUCUUGGAGAGGAAGACCAACUUCUGGCUGCAUUGGCAAAGUUAACCUGCAAAGAUACUGGUCCUUCCUUUGCAGCAGCAGUUUGUCUCUCUGGCCGUAGACAAGGCAGUGUGGUGGUGUACCGAGCAGGACAGUACCCCUCCCAAGCACUGGGCCCGGUCACCUUCCUAUGGAGACCCCGUGAACAAGGGUCCAAUCAGAGACAGCUGUGGAUUUGGGCUCAUCCUACUCUGAAACCGGAGCUUCUCACUGAGUUACAAGAAGUGUGCGACUGUUCUGUGCCUAUUAUUCCUCCGGUUGUGCCAGAGGUACAGGCAGCUGACGUGUCUCAUGUUGAAGAAUCAAUCGAGUUACCAAAGACUGUCGUCAAGCCAAUUCCAGGAAGUAAGAGAAAGAGGAGCUGCUCAGAGCCGAGUGGACCUCCAGCUAAAAAGAUCCUCGGAGAUGGAACUAGAUCUCCCACCACACCCAUUGUGUGGAAGUCCAAUACAUCAUCAACAGUCAUUAAUGAUCUUACCAUGGAUAUGGUUCGCUAUCGGCUGAUUGGUCCACUGUCCCACACAGUCUUGGCGGAAACGCUAGAAGCUGCUACAAGUUGUGAGCCUGUGCAGGGGUCUCUUUGGUGGCCCAGACACUGUAAAGAUGAAGGCAAGAUGAACCUGCAUAAGGAACAAGCUGAAGUCUUUAACCUCCUCAAAUGCAUUGACUCGUCUGGAGAGAUCCCUCCAGGGACAGUAUUUGGUCUGAACGUGGAUGACCCAAGAAUAACUUUACCAACUAAAAAAGUUAAAGCUUUGCCAAAUGUGCAGCAAGCAGAAGGAGUAUCCACGGAGGUGGAAGAGAAGGUUAAGCAGCUCGUGUUGAAUGGCGUGUCAGAGCGUUGCUGCCAGAGCUUCUUAUGGGAUCGCACAGUUCGGGACAAUGUGACAGAGAACAAGAUUCCAGAACAGGAGUUGAACCGCAUGAAGCGUGAGCUGCUGGUGCCCGGCUCCAGACUCCAGCCUGUCCCUCCCCAGAGUCGCGUGCCAGUGCUGCUGGUGCAUCAGCCUGGGAAACAGGUGGGCCAUGAGAGGAGCACCUGGGGCGCUGGAUGGGACAUUUUAUUGCCUAAAGGCUGGGGCAUGGCCUUUUGGGUGCCACUGGUGUAUAGAGGAGUGCGUGAAGGGGGACUACACAUGUCCCUGAAACACUCUCAGAAUAAGAGUGCUCCCCACUUCCCCCACGAUUACCCAGACUGCCCUGCUGGAGUCCGAUUUCAGGAAGAGCAGGCGGCAGAGCUCCUUGAAAAGUUCAAACGGCGUCCCCCGGCCAAACGAACCAAUUAUAUCAAACUUGGGUGUCUGGCUCCGUUUCGUUGCCCUUGGAAACAGUUGGCAGAAGAGUGGGAGAUGAUCUGUGCCGAAGAGAGAAAUGAGAGCACGAGUUCUGACACGGUGACGGAAGAGGGGGCGACUCUGCAUCAAGACGUCACCUCUGCAACCCCACAGAGCUUCACUGUGCUCAGGAACAGAAAAUUGUUGCGUCUGCUCUCUGGUUGGUGCAGACCCACCUCAUCGAGAGGACAGCGGACAUGUCGACAGGCCCAGUGUCCACCUCUUGACCAAUCAGCUCUGAGGUCUUUUCUUGGUGCCCAUUGCAUGAGUUUAGUGUGGAUCCGUCUGUCUCUCAUGUCUAAAGGAAAACCAGAGCUGCAUGGGAUGGUGUGUGUGCCAACUCCGGAAGAUCUGAAAUUACUCAAAGACCCUCAAUGCAGUGGACCUAUUGAGCCAACCCACAAGGAUCAUUUCAAAACUAAAUCAAAAAGACAAAAGAAGGCAACAAAGAAAGUGCAGGAGGAUAAAACGAUCGCCUCAAAAUCAUCGUCCCCCUCUCCAAACCAUGUUUUGGGGAUAUGGCCGGACCCCUUGCCCAGUGUCACCUCUCACUGCUCCCGUGUCACCCUGGGCUGGGUAACUCAAGGAGACUUCUGCCUCACAGCUGGAUGUGGCGAAGCGCUAGGGUUGGUCAGUGUGUCUGGUCUCAUCACGACUCUCAAGAAGCAGUCGAUGGAGCACAGAGGGGUCUUACUGCUGAGAAACCCUACUUCUCUACACUAUCGCUUUGUGAAGGCCAACAUAGAAGUCUGA